GCCGAGCCGGGCACAGCUGUUCGCGGCCGGGAGGGGCGACAGGGCCGCCCCGCGCUGAGUGACGGCCGGGCCGGGGCCGGGGCCGGACCCCCACCCCCCCCAGCGGCGGAGCCGGCGCGGGCAGGACGCGCCGCCCGGGCUCGGCUCACGGGAACGGUCCUGUUUUGGCAUAAAAGUGAGGUUCACAAAACUUCUCUAAGAUGUCUUACAGAAAGGAGCUAGAAAAAUACCGAGACCUGGAUGAAGACAAGAUCCUUGGAGCUCUGACAGAGGAGGAGCUCAGGAAGUUAGAGAAUGAACUGGAAGAGCUGGAUCCUGAUAACGCAUUGCUGCCGGCAGGGCUCAGGCAGCGGGAUCAGACACAAAAGCCACCAACCGGCCCAUUCAAAAGGGAGGAACUCAUGGCUCACCUAGAACAGCAGGCGAAGGAUAUUAAAGACAGAGAAGACUUGGUUCCUUUCACGGGUGAAAAGAGAGGAAAAGCUUGGAUCCCCAAGCAGAAGCCGAUGGAUCCUGUUUUGGAAAGUGUGACUCUGGAACCAGAACUGGAGGAGGCCCUUGCUAACGCCUCUGAUGCAGAGCUCUGUGAUAUUGCAGCCAUCCUUGGCAUGCACACCUUGAUGAGUAACCAGCAGUACUAUGAGGCACUGGGGAGCAGCACCAUUGUGAACAAAGAAGGGCUCAACAGUGUGAUUAAGCCCACUCAGUACAAACCAGUUCCAGACGAGGAACCGAACUCAACAGAUGUGGAGGAAACUCUGAAACGAAUACAAAGCAAUGACCCUGACCUUGAGGAAGUCAACCUUAACAAUAUUAUGAAUAUUCCCAUACCAGUUUUAAAAGCUUUUGCAGAAGCGCUGAAAAAUAACACCUACGUGAAGAAGUUCAGUAUAGUUGGGACACGGAGCAACGAUCCUGUUGCUUUUGCACUGGCAGAAAUGCUGAAGGUGAACAACACACUGAAGAGCCUGAACGUGGAAUCAAACUUCAUUUCUGGGUCGGGGAUCUUGGCUGUUGUCGAAGCGCUCCAAAGCAACACAUCGCUGGUAGAGCUGCGCAUUGACAACCAGAGCCAGCCCUUGGGCAACAAAGUAGAAAUGGAAAUCGCUAACAUGUUGGAAAAAAACACCUCCCUGCUGAAGUUUGGGUACCAUUUCACUCAGCAAGGUCCCCGGCUCCGUGCCUCCAAUGCCAUGAUGAACAACAAUGACCUAGCUCGUACUCAUUGGUCUGAUGGUCUCUGGCAAUAGCGUCUCAGCUGCACACCUGGACAAUUGAGGAAGAGAAGACUUGCGGAGCUGAACGGGCCUAUUUUUCCCAAGUGCAGAACUGGAGUGUAGUUCCUGGCUGUGGAGGUCAUUCCCGGUGAUCCGUGCUGCACUGUGGAAAUCUAAAGGGGAUAAGUGCCUUGACAGAGUAUUUGUGGUGCCUCGCUUCUGUUUUAUGCACUAAGAGUUUAAAUUAACUAGCGGCUGUAGUUGAAGAUUUUAUCCAGUAGGACUGUUGAUGUUUUCUGUAGAGCUGGAAACUAUUCAAGGCAGUAACAAGCUGCCAAUUAUAUGCAAUCUCAGUUUAGAGUACAUCCCAGUGUAAAAGUGACUCCUAAUUAACCUGGGACCUAAUUUUUCUAUAAAAUUCCUGCACGGUGUUUCUUACAGUUAGGAUGUGUUAUGCAUGAGUGAAAGAUACAACUGUUCCACACAAAUUAUAGAAGUAUUAAAAAAAUACUUUAUUUUUUUUUUCCCAAAUUGAUCUCAAGUGACUACAGAGGAGUAACUAGUUUAACAAGCACUUCUACUACCUGGAAACAUGGCUGAUUUCAAGAAUGCGAAUUACAACUUUUUACUGACAUGUGCUCAGCGAAUUAGUUGGAGAUGCUGUUUCAAAUGCAUCCCUGUGUUUCUUAGAAAAAACUGAUCUACACCCCCUGAUUAAAUGGAACUUAAGGCCACCAAUUAUAACACAGUCUCAAAAAUUGAGCUGUUUAGAAUGGGUUAAUAUCCUUCUAUCCUGUGCAUGUCUGAAGACAGCAGUCACUUCUAGAGCUGUGAUGCAAAUCCUUACCCCACAGAGAUGGCAUAACUAAUCAGCAAACCUGAGCCCUCUCUUCUAAUCCCCACUCCCUUCAGUCUCCUGAUGUUAAAACCAUGUGCCCAGACAUCGGUUUGACGUGAGUAAAAUUCUUGCUCUUUACCAGUUUGUGUAGAUGGCCAUGCCCAUUAAUUACAUUUUGUUCUGCUAGGGAUUGUUUCUUUUACUGCCACCCCUAAUGUCUGCAUAAACACAACAACAAAUGCUGUCCCCUAAAAAAGCUGUUCGGUAAGAUACUCCAGAGCUGCACUUACACCGCAUACACUCUGACAGAUUUUGGGGGCCUCCUACUCAUCACCUAGCCUGGGAGGAAUUCCCCUCAGGCUUUCGCAGCUCCCUGGUGUGCAGUGGAUUGGACAGGGCCCUUUCCCAUCCAAAACUCCUGCUGUUAAUGUGGGUGGGAUGCUGCUUGGUAGGAAGAGCCUCCUGGCAGAAGCAUUGCUGUACUGAAGCCUUAUUCUUGGUCUGAUGACAACAUGUCCUAGAAAAGGUUCUCACUUGCUAGAAAUGUCUGUGCACUUCUGUUAAGAGUGAAGUUUUGCAGAGUUUUACACAUAUUCCAGCAAAAGUCCCACACAUUUCUUCAGAGCUGCUGUGCAAAUACCACCCAUGAUGUAGCUCUGACCAACAGAGCAGGGAAACACCGUACUUUCAGCAAUGUAGGAAACAUAUUUGUUGCUCUUCAAAUCUUAAUAAAUGCGUCAGUGGUGUCAAAUAAAA